AUGGACGACGCGGCGCGAAUCGCGCGCCCCGAUCUCGACCGCGGUGGCGCGCACGCGAGCGGUGCGGCGAGGCGGAAUCGCUUCCUGUACGGCAUCUUCACGCGCGAGGAUGACUGGACGGCGGCGACGGCUGCGGUGGCGGAAGGGAAAUUUAUCGCCGAGUGCGACGCGUCGCAGUGGGUGGGAGCGAUGACGCACGAGACGCUGCACGACGCCGGACUGUUCACGGCGGUGGCGGAGGUGGCGUGGCACGAACUGUGCGCGCGGUUUGGCGUGGAGAGGGAGAAUAGGGCGGCGUACGGACCGUGGCGGUACUGCCCGGGACGGAUCUCGCACUACGCGGUUCCGUACGAUUUCUACGAAGAGUUGUUCGAGCAACAUAAGGAAGACGGUCUCGUUGGGAAGGAUGUGCUCGAAAUGGUCGAAAGGGACGAAAUGGACGCGGACGAUUACAUCACGUCCCACGCAAAGCUUUCCCGCGACGAAGUGGCGGCGCUCCUCGCGGCGUAUAACGCGCGAUACUUGUUCUUCAUCAUUCAAGAUUUUGAGGGUCGGGAACACGUAGCGGAAAAGAGCGUGCCGCUGGACGCGAAUAUUGAGUUCGUGCGGACCUGGCACGAGAAAAAAAGUGCGCCUUGUCACAAGGGCGUGCCGUUACCAACGCUUUUGGAUCCGCGGGGGCUCGCUCCCGCCGAGCGCGAAGAGCUCGUCCGACACGACAGGUGCCUCGAGCUCGACGCGUACGGCGAGGAAUUCGAGAAAAUUGUGCAGCGGAUUGACUUAGAAAACGAAGAGUUGUUCAAAGAAAUCGAGAAAGCCGUCAAGAAAGCCGUCAAGUCUGUCAUCCUCGACAAGUGGGACACCGAACGCAAAACAGAUUUCCUCACCAGUCACUUCAAUUGGGACGACGAGAAAAAAAAGGCUUGGCGCGACUACGUCGCCAGUUGCGAGGCCGACGGGGAGACGGACGACGACACGAUAACUUUAAUUUGA